AUGAAGCUAAGGGAUUGGUUCCGGCUACUGAUAGUGUCAAUAUUUUUUUGGCUGCUCGUCCUAGAAGUGAUCAUAUUCUAUAACAGCACCAGAUUCACCGAUCUAAUCGAGUUGGUUCAAACGCCGUACAAGGAGACGAUCAACUCCUUUGACGUUGGUCUGCGAAGUGAGCACUGGGACGAUGUUCGGAUUACGCGAAUUCUUCAGGAGAAUGUCCGCGUUCACUGCCUAGUUUAUAUGCACCGAUUGGACUACAAGUACGGCGCUGAGAAGGCUAGGCAUAUCGAAAAGACAUGGGGUCGUCGCUGCAAUCGGCUGACCAUAAUCGAUCAAAGGGAUAUCCCUCUGCUGCAGGCAUAUCGCCAGAUUUACGUUGAAUUCCACAAUGAACUCGACUGGCUGCUAGUGGUCUACUUGGACUCGUAUGUCAUCGUGGAGAAUCUGCGCUACCUGCUGGCGCAGUAUUCGCCAUCCGAGGAGAUCUACUUUCGUGCGGAACAUGCCGUCCAUGUGUACGCCCAUGUAGGUCAGGUCAGCACCACGGACUACAUCUUCAGUAGGGAGGCGCUGGAGCAGCUGGUCACGAGGAACUGCCUGCAGAAUGAGAUCUUUCUCAGGGAGUGCUUGACGCGGAUGCGGAAGGGUCCCAGCGAGUGGCUCCUGCCGUUUGAUGUUCCGGAUGCGCUGAUCCCGUACAGCCUGCGCACUAACUUCUGGCAUUGGCCCUGCUCCUUUCGCGUUGUUUACCAUAAUCAUAGCUGGGAGAGCUGUUUUGGAGGAGCAGUGCUCUAUCCAUAUUGCCGCGCCAUGCAAAUGUAUGUCCUUGAGUUCUUGCUCUACCACCUGCGUCCUUAUGGCCACCUAACUCCCCUGCCGGAACUAAGGUCUCCUAAUCCUCUAACGAAGAUAGCAUCGAGGCCGCUGAACGAUCAGCUGGCCAAGAUGAUGUAUAGGUCGGUUAGGAUUAUCUGCUUGGUUUUGACCUGGCCCAAGAAGUAUAUGAGUGGCGCUAGGGCUAUAAGUGAAACAUGGGGUCGUCACUGCAACCGAGUGAUUUACUAUGGCAGCUUUCCGGGCACUACUAUAUCUGGCUUGGAAAUAGUGGGUCUGAAUGCCAGUGAUACCCGCAGUAAGUUGUGGGGCAAAACAAAGGCGGCGUUUCGUCAUGCGUACAGGAAUUACGGUCACGAGGUGGAUUGGUUCUACAAGGCGGAUGACGAUACCUAUGCCGUAAUGGAGAAUAUGCGCAAACUGCUGAAACCCUACUCACCGAGCAAUCCGAUUUACUUUGGCUCCCCAUUCAAGCUGGGAUCCACUCUCUACAUGUCCGGAGGAGCCGGCUAUGUCCUGAGCAAAAGUGCCGUUGAGCUAUUGAAUCUUGGCGCCGCCGAAAAUUGCCAGCCAGGAGAUCAGGGCACCGAGGACUAUGUGAUGGGCAAAUGCCUGAGCCUAUUGCAAGUCCAAGCGGGAGACUCCAGAGAUCUGCUCGGACGACAGCGGUUCUUCUCCCUGUCGCUGGAACACUUUCUCAUUCCGAAUCGCGAUGAUGAGGGCUUCUGGCUGCAGGAGUAUCUCUACCAAACAACUGGAACGGGAUUGGAAUGCUGUUCCACCUAUUCAAUUUCCAUACACAACGUCUCUCCGUACGAAAUGCAUUUUCUGGAAACGAUUUUGUAUAAAAGGCGACCAUAUGGACUUCUAGCUGGACAUGCUCCUCCAAGAAGAUUAAGCAAAAAUCGUCUAAGGAAACAGCAGUAUAAUUUAUGAUUAUAUAUAAUAUAGUAUUUUAAAUAUACAUGCAUUUAUACUACAU